UACCCGAAUGCAUCAUGGCCGACAGUAAAAAUGACAGGCCGCACAUGACAGAUUUCGUGGUGUUGCAGCACCUUGUGCAGUUUUGCGAAACGAGCAAAAGAAGCAACGACGUUCUUUUCGGUCAUCCACGCUGUGACGGCAGCAUUCGGUACGUUUGCGUGAAGCGAUCACCACCAGCCACAUUGCUCGGUAGCUAUGCCGAAGAACAAGGGAAAGGGAGGUAAAAACCGUCGUAGGGGUAAGAAUGAGAACGAGUCCGAGAAGCGCGAACUGAUCUUCAAGGAGGACGAACAGGAGUACGCACAGGUUACAAAAAUGUUGGGCAACGGCCGACUGGAGGCAAUGUGCUUCGACGGCGUGAAACGGCUCUGUCACAUCCGUGGCAAGCUGCGAAAAAAGGUAUGGAUCAACCAGGGCGACAUCAUUCUGAUAGGUCUGCGAGACUACCAGGACUCGAAGGCGGACGUCAUCCUUAAAUACACCCCGGACGAGGCCCGAAAUCUCAAGACGUACGGCGAGUUCCCGGAAUCGGUGCGCAUCAACGAAACGGUGACGUUCGUCGAAAACGACAUGGACGACGACAUCGAGUUCGGCGACGAUUACAGCUCAUCGGAGGAGGGCGAUGCGAUCGACAACAUCUGAUCUGCUGGUGCGCGGCGAACCACCCAACAUCCGAUCUAAAUUUCACGCCAGCAGCAGCUAAGCUGUUUAACAACAAACAGCACCACCACCCAGCAGCAAAGCGACACUCCUCCGUGUUGGGGAGGGCGCAAACAUUGGUUCGUGCGCGUGUGUAUUUCUGUGCGUUUCAGUAUAAAAUUGUUUGUGAAUCAAAAAGUGGAUGCAGUGAAUCGUGUAUGCAAGGCGGACGGCGGCACAGUGGGUUGGAGAGCGAGGUAGCAAGGGAGUGAAUUCGUUUGUGUUGUAUAAGCAGUUCCAAAUUUCCAACUAAGAAGAAAUCGUAUAUAUAACACACAUAUACCUACCUAAACACACC